CCGCCGCAGCCAUGUCGGAGCCGCCGCGGGAGGAGAUCCUGGGCAGCCGGGCGAUGUGGGAGCCGGACAGCAAGAGGCGCGCGCAGAUGGACCGCUUCAGGGCCGCCGUGGGCGCCGCCUGCGGCCUGGCGCUGGAAAACUACGACGACUUGUACCAGUGGUCGGUGGAGUCCUACUCUGACUUCUGGGCGGAGUUCUGGAAAUUCAGCGGGAUCGUCUUCUCGCGCAUGUAUGACGAGGUGGUGGACCUGUCGAAAGGGAUCGCGGAUGUCCCCGAGUGGUUCAAAGGCAGCCGUCUCAACUACGCGGAAAACCUCCUUCGGCACAAGGACAACGACAAAGUGGCCCUUUAUGUUGCAAGGGAGGGCAAGGAGGAGAUCACCAAGGUGACCUUCGAAGAGCUGAGGCAGCAAGUGGCUUUGUUCGCUGCAGCGAUGAGGAAAAUGGGCGUGAAGAAGGGGGACCGCGUGGUCGGUUAUUUGCCCAACAGCGCGCACGCCGUGGAGGCCAUGCUGGCUGCAGCCAGCAUCGGCGCCAUCUGGAGCUCCACGUCCCCAGACUUCGGAGUGAAUGGUGUCCUGGACCGGUUUUCCCAGAUCCAGCCAAAGCUCAUCUUCUCGGUGGAGGCCGUGCAGUACAACGGCAAGGGGCACGGCCACCUGGACAAGCUGCUGCGGGUGGUGAAAGGCCUCCCGGACCUGAGGAAGGUGGUGGUGAUCCCUUACCUCGCCCCCAGAGAGAAGAUAGACAUUUCCAAGAUCCCAAACAGCGUGUUUCUGGAUGACUUUCUCGCCACCGGGAUCGGGGAGCAGCCCCCGCAGCUGGAGUUUGAGCAGCUGCCCUUCAGCCACCCGCUCUUCAUCAUGUUCUCCUCGGGCACGACCGGGGCACCCAAGUGCAUGGUGCACUCCGCUGGGGGCACCCUGAUCCAGCACCUGAAGGAGCACAUGCUGCACGGGGACAUGGGCAGCGCCGACAUCCUCCUGUACUACACCACGGUCGGCUGGAUGAUGUGGAACUGGAUGGUGUCUGCCCUCGCCACGGGUGCGGCCUUGGUCCUAUACGACGGCUCCCCACUGGUGCCGACCCCCAACGUGCUGUGGGACCUGGUGGACAGGAUAGGCAUCACCAUCCUGGGGACCGGUGCCAAGUGGCUGUCCGUGCUGGAGGAGAAGAACCUGAAGCCAGCGGAAACCCACAGCCUCCAGACGCUCCACACGAUCCUGUCCACCGGCUCCCCGCUGAAGGCGCAGAGCUACGAGUACGUGUACACCUGCGUCAAGAGCAGCGUGCUCCUGGGCUCCAUCUCAGGUGGCACGGACAUCAUCUCCUGCUUCAUGGGCCAGAACGUGUCCAUCCCCGUGUACAAGGGCGAGAUCCAGGCCCGGAACCUGGGCAUGGCUGUGGAGGCCUGGAACGAGGAAGGGCAGGCAGUGUGGGGCGAGAGCGGUGAGCUGGUGUGCACCAGGCCGCUUCCCUGCCAGCCCACGCACUUCUGGAACGACGAGAACGGCAGCAAGUACCGGAAGGCAUAUUUCUCCAGGUUCCCGGGUGUCUGGGCGCACGGCGACUACUGCAGGAUCAACCCCCAGACGGGCGGCGUCGUCAUGCUGGGCCGCAGCGACGGCACGCUCAACCCCAACGGAGUGCGCUUCGGCAGCUCGGAGAUCUACAACAUCGUACACCCUCAACGGCAAGAAGGUGGAGGUGGCCGUGAAGCAGAUCAUCGCCGGGAAGGCCGUGGAGCACCGCGGGGCCUUCUCCAACCCCGAGGCCCUGGAUCUGUACCGGAACCUCCCGGAGCUGCAGGGCUUCUGAUGCGGCGCCCGCGUCUCCACCGUCCCUUGUCUGUUCGAGAACUUACUCAGCGGGAUCCCGACCACCGGCGCGCUUUGGGGUGUGUGAGGGGUGCUGUGACGGUGGUGUCUGGGCCGGGCCGGCCACAUCCCUCGCUCCUGCGGACCCAGCGGGCUCCGGUGAGAGCUCGGCCUGCAGAGGGCUCGGCUCCCGCCCCGCCCCGUCUGCGCUGGUGCGGCGCAGGGCCCUGGCCCUCUCCCCUCGGGCGGCUGUGCGCUGUGGCGCAUCUGUGUGACCUUGCCCGACCUUGACCGCUGCCCCGCCCCGCUGACCACUCCUGCGUAGUCUGCGUGUCAUGGACACAUCGUACAGCUCCUGGGAGAAGUGGGCAUCACGCCCAACCAGACGGCCCCCCGGGGGCACAAGGAAGCCCCCCCCCAGACCGAGCGACUUCAGCUUUAAAAGGAUCUGGUUCAGGGAAUUUGAAUGUCGCUGUCUGGUGGGCGGGUGUCUGUCCACCCGUGGGGUGGUGCUGCUUUCAGGGAUGUGGGUGAGCCCCUUGGCCGUGUGCCCAGGUGGAGAUGGCCGAGGAUCUUCUGGUGACAGCUGCCCGGCCUCGGGGGACGGGGCCUCGCUGGGCUCCCUGCCCCGGCUGCUGGGACCCUCGGCUUCCUCCGACGGGCCUCCGCUCGGCAGGGCUGAGGUGGGAGCGGCUGCACGUGCUUCUCAGCUCCGCCUGCAAAGAAGGACCUGCGUCCUCAUGUUCACUUUUGUGUAUUUCUAACCUGAGCGCAGAUGAAAAGCCUUUCUGAAUUUUUUCUUCUGGAUUAUAAAAAGAUGCUGCGAGGAACUUGAUGCAAUAAACAAACAUGUACGAGUGUGCGCGGC